AUGAGCGCGCCUGUUCAGCUCUACGUCUACGACCUCAGCAAUGGCAUGGCAUCCCAACUAUCGCGCCAACUCACCGGCCGACAGAUCGACGGCAUCUGGCACACCUCCGUCGUCGUCUUUGGCCGCGAAGUCUUCUACGGCCAGGGCAUCAUGUCCGCCGCGCCAGGCAGAUCCCAUCAUGGCACGCCGCUGCGAGUGAUCGACAUGGGGGAGACGUCGCUGGACGAGGCGACGUGGAAUGAGUACCUCGACGACAUGCGCGAGCACUACACCGCAGACAAGUAUCACCUCCUUGACUUCAACUGCAACUCUUUCACCAACGACUGUAUCGGCUUCCUCACCGGCGGCGCCAUCCCUGACUUCAUCAAAGAUCUCCCCGCAGACUUUCUCUCCACUCCCUUUGGUGCUGCGCUGCGGCCUACCAUCGACGCCAUGUUUCGUGCUCCAUCCGCUUCAUCUACGCCCACCCCUGCCCCUAGGAUACCCGAAACCCAGCCAGUGCGACCUGACCCGAAUCCCCAACUAACCGCGUCGUUGCUGCAAGCCAUAGCGAACCAGGCCGCCCUCCCAGAGCUCCCCCCUCCAUUCACUCCUCCCACAUCGACUUCAAAUCCAACAGCAGCCACGCAAUCCCUAACAGGCCCCAUCCACCUCGCAACCAACCCCGCCUCCUUCCACACUCUCCUCCGCACCCACCGCGCCGUCGUCGCCUUCUUCACCCAGCAAUCCUGUCCGCCCUGCCGCGUCAUCGAACCCGUCUUCGAGCGCCUUGCGCACGAUACCACAAAUAACAUCACUACUAACAGAAAGGGUGGCCUAGCGUUCACCAAAAUCGACAUUGGCGUCGGACUCGGCUCGGCGCUCGCGCAGGAGUUCAGCGUGCGCGCCACCCCAACGUUCAUCUUCUUCUUGGAUGGACAGAAGAUUGCAGAAAUCAAGGGCGCGGAUGCGGGAGAGCUCAAGACGCAGGUCGAUCUGCUCGUCUGGGGAGCAUGGCCGCCCCACCCACAUGCGUCCCUCUCGACGCGCGCCCUCUCCUUCUCCCUUGCCCCCAUUCUCUUCACCCAGCAGCCCCCCCUCGACGCGCUCGCCACCAAGUUCACCGCUUUCAUCGACGCGUACUGCGAUGCCGCCAGCGCGGAUUCUGCGUGGGGGUUGGACGACACGGACACGGGUGGCAACAAAGACAAGUCAUUGGGGGACGUACACGCAGCCAAGGCGGCGUUAACAGGGCGCGUCGUACCCUUCCUCAAAGCGCGGGCCACCCUCCUCUCAAACUCGUCCUCGAAUCCCUCCUCCAAACCUCCUCCCAAUACGAACGGCGCGUCGUCGAGCUUGGCGCUGAAGAUCCCCAUCGACCCCUCGAUGCUCACCGCAUUCACCCGCGCAACGGAAGUGCUGGUGGGAGCUCUCAAGGUGGAGGAGCUGUUCCCGCUCGCGGACAUGUGGAGGUUGGCAUUCCUGGACCCUCGCGUCGGACAGUUUCUCGCCACGCAGAACUCUCAAACUCCGAACCCCAUCGAGGUAUUCCUCGCGAAACAAACCAACUCAAACAACUCAAACGACGCGUCCACAUCAGCACCGACAUCGAGGAACUACACCCUCGUCCUCCUGCGCCUCCUCGCCAACGCGUUUUCCUCCCCCGAGUUCGCACUCCUUAUGAUGAAAUCGCGUAGAUUGAAGGACGCCUGGACGCCCCUCCUCGUCGGCGCGCUCCUGCACGCAGACGCAGGCGUGCGCACCGCCGCCGCAAGUCUGGCAUUCAACGCCGGGGCCUACGGCUUGACCCAACGUCUAAACCCAAAGCCAAACCCAAACUCCCCACCCACCAGCUCCAGCUCCAGCUCCAGCGCGGAGGAAGACGGCGACGGCGAGUGGGAGGUAGAGCUGGCGAGCGCGCUCGUCGAGGCGAUCGACCGGGAGACCGCCAACGAGGACGUCGUGCACCGCCUCGUCGCCGCCCUCGCCGCGCUCCUGCGGCUGUCGCCGUUCCACGAGCAGCUCGGCGGGCUGCUGGAGGUGCUGCAGGCGAAGGAGGUACUGAAGCGCAAGCUUGCCACCGGGAAUUUCGGUGCAGGGGGAAAAGGAGGGGUGAAGAAGGAGGAGGUAAGGGCCCUGAUUAGGGACGUCGCCGACAAGUUGUGCACGUAG